AUGCCCCCCUCGCCCCCGGCAGCCACCAAGGCCACCAUCAAGGUACCCGACCUGGGCAAGUACGACCGCAUGCUACGCGCGGGCGUGCCCCUGGCCUACGUCGAGCAGAAGGCGCGCCACGACUCCGCCGCCCCCCUCGACCUGGUCAAGUACGUGCGCAUGCUUCACGCGGGCGUGCCCCUGGCCGCCGUCGACCAGAAGAUGCGGGUCGACUACAACUCCUCUGUGCCUGCGCCCGCCGUCGGCAACCUGAACAAGUACGACCGCAUGCUACGCGCCGGCGUGCUGCUGGCCGCCGUCGAGCAGCUGAUGCGCAUCGAGCUCGCUCGUGGCCCGCAAGCCGCCAAGGUCGUCGGUGACCCGGGCAAGUACGCCCGCAUGCUCUCUGCGGGCGUGCCGGCAGCUGUCGAGCAGAAGAUGCGCGUCGAUGUCGCUCAACCCCAGCCCAACGACGGGGCGGCUGGCAAGUACGUGCGCAUGCUGUCCGUGGGCGUGCCGCCGGCAGCGGUCAAGCAGAAGAUGCGCGUCGAUGAGGACCGCGCGGCGACCUGCGCCGCGGUCGGCGACAACCUGGCCAAGUACUCGCGCAUGCUGCGUGCCGGGGUGCCUCAGGCAGCUGUCGAGCAGGCGCUGCGCCACGACUCCGUCCAUGCGCCCAAGUGCGCGCGGCGCUCCGUCGUGCCUCAGGCGGCAGCGGCACAGAAGAAGAAGAAGAUGGAGAAGAAGCUCCUCAACGACUUCGCCGUUCCCGUGGCCAAGGCCGCCAGCCUGGGCCAGUAUGUGCGCAUGCUGCACGUAGGUGUACCGCCGGCGGCCGUCGAGCAGAAGAUGAGUGUCGACUACGCCCAACCCGUGCCCGCUGUCGGUGACCUGGGCAAGUACCAGCGCAUGCUGCACGCGGGCGUGCCCCCGGCCGCCGUCGAACAGACGAUGCGCCGCGACUUCGCUCCUCCUCCCGCGCCUGCGGCCAAGGUCGGCCGCAACUUUGGCCAGUACGUGCGCAUGCUGCACGCGGGCGUGCCCCUGGGCGCCGUCGAGCAGACGCUGCGCCACAAUGGCUUCGCUCCCGUGCCCAGCAAGGUAGGCGACCUGGGCAAGUACGACCGCAUGUUGCGCGCUGGCGUACCGCCGGCCGCCGUCCAGCAGAAUCUCGCCUCCGCGCCCACGGCCGCGGGCGGCAACUUCGGCCGUAGGCGCCAGGCGGCAGCCGUGCAGAAGAAGCGCCGCAACGGCUUCGCUCCUCCCGCGCCCGCGCCGAGGGCCACUAAGUACGCCCGCAUGCUCCGCGCGGGCGUGCCCCUGGCCGCCGUCGAGCAGAAGAUGCGCAUCGACUAUGCUCCCAUCCCCGCAGCCCAGAACCUGGGCAAGUACCAUCGCAUGCUGCGUGCGGGCAUGCCUCUGGCCGCCGUCGAGCAGAUGAUGUGCGUCGACUUCGCUCAGCCCGCUCCCGUGGCCAUAGCCGCCGAUCUGGUCAAGUACGCACGCAUGCUGCACGCGGGCGUGCCUCUGGCCGCCGUCGAGCUGGCGCUGCGCAACGACCUGGCUCACGCACCGGUGGUCGGUAACCUCGGCGUGUACGACCGCAUGCUGCGUGCCGGGCUGCCCCUGGCAGCCGUCGAGCAGGCGCUGUGCCACGACUUCGCUCCUCCCGCCGCACCUACGGCCAAGGCCACCAAUGACCUGAGCAAGUACGCACGCAUGCUGCAUGCGGGGGUGCCGCUGGCCGCCGUCGCGCAGAAGCUGCGCGUCGACAACUCCUGCAAGCCCGAGCCCGGUCUGGGCAAGUACGCGCUCAUGCUGCGUGCGGGGGUGCCGCUGGCCGCCGUCGAGCAGAAGAUAGCCGCCGAUGCACCGGAAGGCCGCUACUUCUAG